AUGACACAGGUGGGCCUCAACCGAGGCCACCGGGCCCUUAUCCGAGACGUGCGGACGUACACUGACAAGUGCAACGGGUCGUUGCGACCGGUGCCCAUCGCUCGCGACAACUGCCCCAAAGACGGCAAUGAAAACACCCGAGCGGAAUGGAUUGGGUUCAACCCAUAUCUCGAAUGCGACACGACCAUCCACGUCACGAACGAAGUCUCGAAGGGGCUGCAAAAGCUCGUGAGUGACUACAAACAAUCGAAAUACUCGCGCCCGAUUGUCUUGGGCGAGUUUGGGUGCAUUAAAGUCGUUAACACCGUCAGUGGCAUCGAGCAGCAACGCAACUUUUACGACGUACGCUGUUACAAAUGGAUGAACGAAGCGCCAGACAUGACCGAGUACGUCGUCAGGGGGAUUGCGUUUCGAGUACAGUGUCGAAAAGGCAAACUUGAUUGA